AGCUGCUCAGAUCAAACCAAAAUUUAAAGUUAGUUCAUAUAAACUCUUAGACGCCUUCCUGUUUCUCUCUCUGACGCAGGCCCACCACUGCAGCUCCUUCCUUUCUCUACUGUCACCUAUCAGCUGCGACUUUGCACUUUGCCAAAUAUAAACCCAGUUUCUUGGCCGAGCGACAAACUGACAUGGGGAGGUGUCCGGCACGGUCGGUUCGGCCCAGGACAGGCUGAAGGACAAACAAGCAGAAAGGAGCGUUUGUAGUGAAACCUCGAGAGAACAAACCACCUGAAACACAGAAAAUACCUAAUUCCUUCCACUCCUGCAGAUGUCCUUGUCUCCAGUUGCUUUGGCAGCUCGGCGAACGCUCGCUGCUGCGUCACACUCCAGUCAUGAGGGAGGAGCAAAAACCUGGAGGAUCCUGACCAUCGUUCUGGCUUUCCCCGGCGUCGGCGUCUGCAUGGCCAACGCCUUCAUGAAGGCGCAGGAUCACCACGAGCCGCCGGAAUUUGUUCCGUAUUCGCACCUGCGCAUCCGCACCAAGAGAUUUCCUUGGGGCGAUGGGAACCACACGUUGUUCCACAACUCCCACGCAAACGCUCUUCCUGAAGGCUACGAGGGCUCACAUCGCUGAUCAUUAUUAUUAUUGAUUAUCUGAGCUGCUUCGAAUACUCCGACCAAACGGAAACCUGCACCGCCAACAAUAAAACAACUUUAUCCUGGAUUAA